AUGACAAAGAUUCUAAGUUUAUAUCUCACUUUUGCUGAAGUCUUUGGAAAAGAUUUAGCACAUUUUAAAAAUUCAAUGGUAUUAGCCACUUAUAAAUUGACGAAAAAACAAAAGUUGUGAAUAAAACUAUUAACAAUUUGAUUUAUUAUAUUUUAAGAGAGAAACCAAAAUAAUAAAUUAUACUUUCACUCAAAUAGAAUUUACUUAUGAUUUGAUGAUUAAUCAUUUAACUAACUAAUCUUUAUUUUCCUGUAAGAACUUUAUUAGAACUAUUAUAAAUAUUGAGACUAGUUAAAACUAACAUUAUCAUAAAUAAUAUAGUAGAUUAUAUUAAAAAAAUCAUAAAAGUUUGAUAAACAUUCUCACAAUCAAUUAGGAGAAAUAUACAACAACAAUAAAAAGGAAAAUAAGAAAGAAUAUGUUUAAAGUUAAAAAUAAAGUUAUAAUAUACCUUAUAAAAAAAUGAUUCCCAAUAAGUAACUACAACAAGUUAAAACCAAAGAAAUAUAGACCACACAAAUUCUACAAAAGAUUAAUGACAAUUCAUACCUUAUCAAGCUCCCACUAAAUAUGACUAUUUCACUCACAUUCAAUGUCAAUGACAUAUAUGAGGUUUAUGAUAAUUUAAAUGAUGACUCAAAGAUGAGUUUUUUUGAAGUAAUAGAGACUAAUGUAGCCCAACACACAAGUUGAAUUCACAACUUCAAAUUUAGUACUAAUUAUCUUAAAUUUAAGCCAUCAAGUAAAGAGUUUUGAAAAAUAGCCAACAUAUGUCACAAGUGGUCUAGAGGUUUGAAAGUAAUAUUUUAUUCCUUACUUUAUGUCUUUUCACUUCUAAAAAGUAUUUUAUAUCCAUCACAAGUGAUUUAGAGGUUUGAAAGUAACAUUUUAUUCCUUACUUUAUGUCUUUUCAUUUCUAAAAAGUAUUAUAUGUAUAUUUCUUUUUAUAAAUAUAUUUAAAUAGUGUUUAGAAUAUGUACAUAACAUAUAUUUAAAAUAUCUAACUAUCAAAAAUUGCACCUAAGAUCUAUUCAAGAUCUUCGACUGUAAUGGACUCUUUAAAGUUAGUCUAAAAUCUGUCAAGAAGAUUUGUCUAAAGUCUCAACCUCUCAAAAUUUAUUUUGGGUCAUUUUAGAAUUAGUUAGACUAUGUCCCCAAAAUUUAUAUAGGAUCCUCUCUUUGAGAGUGUCCCACCUUCUUUCUAGGCCUAUAUAAAGGCCCCCAUUGUAAUAUGAGGUUAACACUAUUUAAGUUGAAUCCAUUUUCUCUACUAUGAGAAUCUUUCUUUUUUGCUUAUAGAUUCAAGGGUUAAAGAAUUAAAAUUUAUGGAUUUAGAGCUUGGUUUAUUCUCCAAGAUUAGAGCUUUUUGGAUUCAAGCCCCAUGUCUUAUUUAUCCUCUACAGUAUUAUUGUGUCAUGUUAGGUGAUAAAAAUUCAGGAUAA